AUGUUGAGUGAUGAAAAACUAGUUAUACGAAGAAGAUCCCAUUAAAAGUAGGAAUUAACGAAACUUCAAAGAAGCGAAUUAAUAUAGUUGAAUCAUUACACUUCAGACGAAUUAUAUGAGAAACAAAAUACUUAAGGAGUUAGCCCAGUUAACAUUAGAAUUAAUCAAUACAAAUUAGCAUUACCAAAAAUUAAACAUUUUUCAAACAUUAAAACAAACAAAUAUAUAGGAGAAUAUAACAAUAUGCUUGGUAUUUUAACUAGCAAACAUAAAAUUCCACAUCGAAAUAAUAGCUCAAAUAGAAGUGCCUGUUACAAUCAUAAUCAUGAUAUUUUUAUAGAGAGAUAAAACUUUGUGAUUAACUAAUUUUUUAGGCCAAAGAAAUUGGGAUCCUGUAGAUGA